GUUUAUUAUUGUGGAUUAUGGAAGGGGUUAUGUAUCAUAUUUGGUUAUAAUUAAAAUUUUAAUUCAACAAAAAUUUAUUACAAUGUAUUAAAUGGUAAAAAUGUUUAAAGGAGAAAUAGAUUCGCCAGCUGAGCUGGAAUCUCAGUUCAUCUUGCGUUUGCCAGUGGAACCAGCUAAAGCUUUACGGGAAGCUGUUCGAAAUAAUCACUCCCUAAAAGACAGAGUAAGCAUAAAAAUCGAUAAUGAUAUGAUGAGACAUGGAGAAGUAAGAGUAGAUCAUUGGCUAAUGACUGCGAAAGUUGUUGAUUUACCUACAGUAGUAGAAUCUCUAAAAACUAUAGAUGGAAAGGGUUUUUAUAAGACUGCAGAUAUUUGCCAAAUGUUAGUGUGUAGGGAAGAAGAUGAUCAAACUACAACUGAUGAAGAUUCUCCUCAGAAAAAGAAAAAGGACCCUAAUAAGGUAGAUAAGAAAUAUUUGUGGCCCCAUGGUAUUACUCCACCUGUAAAAAAUGUCAGAAAACGGCGAUUUAGGAAAACAUUGAAAAAGAAAUAUGUAGAAGCUCCAGAAAUUGAAAAAGAAGUUAAGAGGCUCUUACGAGUUGACAAUGAUGCUGUUAGUGUAAAAUGGGAAGUUAUCAAUGAAGAAGAUGAAAAUAAAGUCAAUAAAGGAACAGUAGUUAAGAAAGAUCCUACAGAACCUGUUAAGAAUGUUGCUGAACAUGAUAUAUUUGGUGGUGCUGUUAGUGAUUCUGAAGAUGAAGAUGCACACCUCAAUGUUCUGGAUGUUUUGGAUGAAAAUAGUCAAAAUUCUGGUGAAGACAGCCAUCUUACAGAUUCCAAUUCUGUUUUGAAUAAUUCUGCAGAAUCAAAAUUACUCACAGAAUUCACAAGCGAAAUGUUUAGAGAUAUGCAACAUUCUCCAAAUCUAAUGCAGGAAAUAGAUUAUUAUCAGCAGUCAUCAUCAUCUAUGUCUUUUUCAGAUUUUAGAGCACCUGAACAAAAAGUGAGUAUACAAAACAGGGUAAAUGAAUUGGAUGCUGAAAUAGCAGAUUUGAAAGCUAAACGACAGCAACAAGAAAAUAAAAUAGAAAAUAUUGAAAAUUUGGCACUCAGGCAAAGAUUUCAAGAUAUACUGGAAAGCCUAUUGCAAGAACAGUUUGAGAAAGAACAGGAACGAUAUGGGCUUGUUGAAAUGUUAAAACAGGGAAUGGAAUGACAUCCAGCCUAUUAUUUUGUUCAGUUUGAGCCGGGAAAUCAAUUUGAAGCUGGCAUUAGCCAAUGACAAACACCUGACAUUUUUCCAGAUUUUUUAGAAGAAUUAUCUGUAAAUAAUCGAUCCAACCAAUAGCAGAAAUAUGUAUGCAUAAAAAUGAGAAAGAAAAUUAUCAUGUUUCCUAAAUUGUUAAUAGUCUUUAUACUUACUAUUUAACAUACUUUAUAUAUAAAUAUGUUAAUAUAAUUAAGAUUUAUAUAAAAUAUGAAAUUAAAAUGUAUUAUAUUUAAGUACAUACAUAUAUGAAAAUAUUACAGAAAAAUUACUACAUAUUAGUUUUAGUUGUCCAUUUUUUAAUAGAUAAUUUUAGUAACUUUUUUGAUGUAGUAAAUCUAGUCAAUAAUUCAUGAAAAAUUAUACAAAAUAACAUUAAUUGCGAUUAUCUCACCUAGACAGAUCAG